AUGAAACUCCUGGUCGUCUUCGCACUUUUGGCAGCGGCGUCCGCCGAGGUGGUGGAUCCUCCAAUCUUCAAGGACUAUCAUGCAGAGAUCGGUAUUCCUGCCGCUGCGCGCAUCAAGCUGAUUGAGGAGUCAGUAGACUUCGACGGCUCCAGGAUUACUGGUGGAAACCCAGCGCAACUGGGAUCUCACCCUCAUUUGGGAGGUCUGGUAAUCAGCCUGACCAGCGGUCUGACUUCAGUAUGCGGCUCCUCCCUUCUAUCCAACACCAGAUCGGUGACCGCCGCUCAUUGCUGGCGCCACGGCUUCAGCCAGGCGGCCACGUUCACCGUGGUCCUCGGCUCCAUCAGACUGUUCCAGGGUGGCAACCGCAUCUCGACUAGCAACGUCGUCACCCACGCCAACUACAACAUGAUCAACCUGAACAAUGACAUUGCCGUGAUUUCUUUUCCGCAUGUUACUUUCACCAAUGCUAUCGCUGCCAUCCCCCUCGCCUCCGGAACCAACCAGUUCGUCGGCGCCUGGGCCCAUGCUGCCGGAUUCGGCGCUAACGGAGACAACAUGCCCAUCACCAUUAACCAAGCCAAGCACGAGGUGACCAUGCAAGUCAUCACCAACGCACUCUGCGCCCAAACCUACGGCAACACUGUGGUGGUAUCGAGUGUCAUCUGUACCUCCACAACCGGCAAUAAGAGCACCUGCGGCGGUGACUCCGGUGGUCCUCUCGCCACCGGUGCCGCACACAAUCGCCAACUGAUCGGUAUCACCUCGUUCGGUCACCGCGACGGUUGCCAGAGAGGCCACCCCGCAGGAUUCGUCCGAGUCACCUCCUUCUACGCCUGGCUCAGAAAUCUAAUGUAA